AUGGCCAAGUCCAGGCGCAGCAGGGGAGCACACGGCGACCGCCUCGAAGCGAGGCAGGUCAAACCGCCGUCGGAUCCUGAGCUCAUUGCUCUGCGUGAGAGCAAAAUAGUGCCCGUCAUGAGGCAACUUCAGAGUGACGAUGCCGGUGCCCGAACGGCCGCCGCCGUCGCCGUCUCCAACUUCGUCCGGGAGACAAAAUGCCGAAAGCUGCUUCUGCGUGAGCAGGUCGUCCACACCAUCUUGACCCAGACCCUCGCCCAUCCCGCUGUCGAAAGUCGCGCCGCCGGAUGGGAAAUACUCAAGCUGCUUGCCAUGGAGGAGGAGGAAGACUUCUGCGUUCACCUCUUCAGGCAAGAAAUUAUGACCGCCAUCGCCUCUGCUGCCGAGAUUCUCGUGAAAAGGGUCCCGUCGAGCGGAACGUCGCUCUUCGAAGCCUCAGGCGAAGAGAACGGCUUUAUGCUUCGCAUGACCGCCUCCAUCGUCUCCCUCUUGACCGCCCUCGCCGAGGCAGGCGACGAGAUGCUCGAAGUCAUCGGCACCACCGACACCAUUUUGCAGCUGCUCUUCACUCUCGUCUGUCGUGGUGGCGGCCAUCGAAACCUUCGUGCUGACUCUCUGGGAUGCCUCAUCGUUCUCUGCGAAGACAACGUGCAGCUUGCGGAGAAGAUGAUCGCCUCCGGAGGCCACCAGUGCUUCGAGACCAUGAUGGCGAUGAAAAACGACCGAGGAAAUGAUGGUGUCCGUGCCUGCGCCGUCCUGCACAACAUAUUUGCCUCCUUGAACACGUUGGAACACCCUCCUCGCAUUCCCAACGCCGAUGACGCAGCCCUGAUACCCACCCUCACAAACUCUGUCAGCAGCAUUACCGAGCCCCCAGCAGGCACCGAUUGGCCCAACAUCGUCGAGCAGCAAGAGCUCGCCCUGGAAACUCUGGCGUCAAUCUGCGCGAACCUCAGCGCGAACCCCGGCGGAUCUCGGGAGGCCAACGGGGGCAAUGCCUCCGAGGAGGCCGAGGCCGACGGCGGCAUGGACGAGGACGAGGAUGAGGACGACAUGAUGGAUGAGGACGACGAGAUGGGCGAGGAUGACGACGACGACGAGAUGGACGAGGACGAGAUGGAAGCCGAUAUGGCCAUGGUCACCGGUGCUGACGACGACGACGACGACGACGGCAUCAAUGACUUCCCGGCGCUGAAAGCCUUGUUGCAGGAAACUGUAUCGGGGCUGCUUUCCAUCAUCAACCUGUCCGAUGUCGAUGAACGCACCAUGAGACUGCAGGGUCACGCCCUCACCGUCCUCACCAACCUCGCCUGGUCCGUCUCUCUCUUUGACUUCACGGACGAGCAGAAUGCUGGUAUCAAAAAGGCCUGGACGCCCUCCGGCCAUAAUAUCUGGGUCCAUGCCGUCACGACUAUCUUGUCCAGAGAUACGGCCGACCUCGAACGCGCGACGGAGGCGACGAGCCUUGCAUGGGCCCUCUCGCGCAGUUUGGGGGCCGAAGCCCCCGUUGCCGCCGAUGAGCACAAAAAGUUCAUCUCCCUCUACAUGUCUGGCUCCGCCGACUAUCGAGCGGCUCAGGACGAGGCCAACAACAAAGCAGACCCCCUCCAAAGCCUCGGCGUCAAGUGCAUUGGCGUCCUUGGCCAACUCGCCCUCGAUCCCGCCCCGGCGAGCCGGAACCGCGACAUCGGCAAUUUUUACCUCACUCUCCUCGGUCAUCUGCCCCGCGCGCCCGCCGCCGAUGCCGUCGAAGCCCUGAACCAGAUGCUGGACAUCUACGCCGACGAGAACCACGCCUGUGACAAGGAUGUCUUCUGGAAGGACAACUUUAUGUCGCGUCUCGAGGAGGCGCUGCCCAAGGUCCGCGCGAUGGUAAAGUCCGUCGACCGGGUCAAGAAUGCAGAGUUGAGAAGCAGAGCCGACGAGGUGUUGAAGAACUUGGAUCGCUUCUUGGCGUACAAGAAGAAGCACAAACCAUCCAUGAUGUAA